AUGUCGGACGUGGAAGAUAAUGCCUUUAAUGAAGAUGUUGAGCACUAUGAUGACUUUGAUGGGCCGGACCAAUUUUCUGACGAAGAGUUCAACGAGCCCGAACAAGAUGUUAAUGGGAAUGGCGAUGUAGAAAUGAAAACAGAAGAUGGUAAGACUAUAAUCAAUGGAGGCUAUGGGCCUGAUCAAGGUAAACCCAGACAAAGAACUGCGAAAGAGUUAUCCAUUCCAAAAGAGAGAAGAACUACUACUCCAUACAUGACCAAAUAUGAAAGAGCAAGAAUUUUAGGAACAAGGGCAUUACAGAUUUCCUUGAAUGCGCCCGUAUUAGUGGACAUUGAAGGUGAAACUGAUCCAUUACAAAUCGCUAUGAAAGAGCUAGCUCAGAGAAAGAUACCUUUGGUCAUUCGUAGAUAUUUGCCUGAUGGUUCCUACGAAGAUUGGGGAUGUGAUGAAUUGAUUAUCGAUCACUAA